GACAGUUUGUCCAGCCAGUGGGGAGGGCUGGUGACGGCCGGAGCCCGCGGCUAAACUUUGCCUCAUUGGUCAGUGUUCGCCAAACUUUGUCGCGGCGUCGCCUCGUGGACAACUUGCACGUCCUUCAGCGCGCCACUCUUCCUCUUUUUGUUGAGGUGUUUACAAGAAAGUGUGAAGUCGAGUCAAGGUGAAGGGCGGCUCGUGCUGCAGCUGCAAGAUGAAGGACUUUAGUUAGAAAGCUUGUGUUGGUCUGAUACCAUCGAUGCCAUGACAGGUGACGCAGUGGUCUGGAGGGGUCUCUCCUGGAUGAAGCAGGCGGCCAGCACAGCCCCACAUGGCGGCCAGAGGCUGGUGAACUUCCAUCACGCUGCCGGAUCAGCCAGGAAGAUGUUCAACAAGCAACGAGAGGUCUGCGCCCACAGACCAAUAGCAGCGCAGCUUCACAGAUACUCCACCAUGGGAGCUUGUUUCAGCACCUGCUUCAUCGGCAGCGUAAACAGUGGGCAGACGACCUGCGGCGGACUGCCCAGUGCUAAACGUCUGAAGUACCACAGGGACUGGUCACGUCAGCUGUUCUGUGGACAUACGAGGUUAUUUAACCAGGACAACUCCACAGUGGGACGUCUGACACAGGAGGACGUUGAUAAAGCGGGAACUGCCAAGAAAGCAGACAAUAAUCCAUAUAAGCAAGUGCUCAGUGACAGAUCCAAAGAGAGGAAGGUGCCCGUCACACGGUUAGGACGGCUGAUGAGUUUUGGAGGUCUGGCGUUUGGACUCGGCAUUGGGGCACUCGCUCAAGUGGCGAAGAAGAGCUUCAAACCCCAACAACAGCAAGGUAAUAAAAAAGCCAUACUGGACUCGAGUGCCUUCCUCUCUGAAGCCAACGCUCAAAGAAUCGUGCGGACUCUUUGCAAAGUUCGAGGUGCUGCUCUGAAAAUUGGACAGAUGCUCAGUAUUCAAGAUGACGCCUUUAUUAACCCUCAGUUGGCCAAAAUCUUCGACCGUGUUCGACAGAGUGCAGACUUCAUGCCCCCGAAACAGAUGAUGAAAACCCUCAACGGUGACCUCGGCCCAAACUGGAGAGACAAGCUGGAGUACUUUGAGGAGAAGCCGUUUGCCGCGGCAUCUAUCGGUCAGGUGCAUCUAGCGAGGCUGAAGGACGGCAGAGAGGUCGCCAUGAAGAUUCAGUACCCCGGAGUCGCCAAGAGUAUCGACAGCGACGUGCGUAAUAUCAUGACCGCUCUGAGUUUAAGCAACGCGCUGCCUGAAGGUCUGUUUCCUGAGCACAUGAUCGAGGUCAUGAACCGUGAGCUGGCGUUGGAGUGUGAUUACAUAAGAGAGGCCAAGUGUGCCAAAAAAUUUCAAGAGCUGCUGAAAGAUCACCCGUUCUUCACUGUGCCAGAUGUGAUUGACGAGCUGAGCAGCCCGCAUGUCAUCACCGCAGCGCUGGUCCCUGGCUUCCCCCUGGACAAGGCCACCGAUCUCCCCCAGGAGCUCAGGAAUGAGAUUUGUGAGCAGAUCUUGAUUUUGUGCCUGAGGGAGCUGUUUGAGUUCAGAUUCAUGCAGACUGAUCCAAACUGGUCCAACUUCUUCUUCGAUCCACAAACUCACAAGGUUGCGCUGUUGGAUUUUGGAGCCACUCGUGGAUUUGAUAAGAGUUUCACUGACACCUACAUUGAGAUUAUUAAUGCAGCUGCAAACAGGGACAGAGAAGGCAUCCUGAAGAAAUCCAGAGACAUGAAGUUCCUCACGGGAUACGAGUCAAAGUCGAUGGAGAACGCCCAUGUGGAUGCAGUGAUGAUCCUUGGUGAGGCUUUCUCCUCUGAGGAGCCCUUUGACUUUGGAACUCAGAGCACAACUGAGCGUAUUCACAGCCUCAUCCCUGUGAUGCUAAGGGAGCGACUCACGCCGCCUCCCGAAGAGACGUACUCCCUCCACCGCAAGAUGGGCGGCUCCUUCCUCAUCUGCUCCAAACUCAAAGCUAAAAUAGCCUGCAAGAACAUGUUCCAGGAAGCGUAUCAAAACUACUGGAAAGACGGGCACCCUGAGCCGACAAACUAGCUGCAGACUGGUCUGUUUGUGAUAUGUUGAACAAUUUAACUCACACAUUCUGAAUAUUUUCUUUGUGCAACCUGGGCCAGAUAACGUCCAUGUGAAUCAUGUCUGCGUGCUUCAUAUUCCAUUACUCACUGACCAGGACUACCAUCCAGUCUAACAUUGCUGUUUAAAGCAAUGUUUGAAGAUCUUCUGUAUGUAUUGUUUGAAUGAAUUUGUUGUGUACAAGGUCAAUUGUGUGUCAGUAUGUUUGUAUUUCAUUUGACUGUCAGUUGAAAUAAAUUUACUGAAGUGGAAACAAA